CGUCCGCCCCGCCCGCCCCGCCCGUGUGGUUGGGUCUUCCCGGCCUCUCCCUGGUUGCAGCCGGGGUCUCCCCACUUCCAGCAGCCCAGGUGCUCCGGUUCCCCGUGACCCCUCGCGCCCUCCAGCCCCGGCCUUUGGCUGACCUCCCGCCACCAUGGUGCAACCCCAGACCUCAAAAGCCGAAGGCCCGGCCCCCGCAGCGUCCACCAAUGCCCAGAUGGAUGACGUCAUCGACACCCUGACCUCCCUGCGCCUCACCAACUCGGCGCUCCGGCGGGAGGCCUCCACCCUGCGGGCGGAGAAGGCCAACCUCACCAACAUGCUGGAGAGCGUGAUGGCAGAGCUGACCCUGCUGCGCACCAGGGCCCGCAUCCCCGGGGCGCUGCAGAUCACCCCGCCCAUCUCAGCCAUCACCUCCAACGGGACCCGACCCAUGACCACGCCCCCGACCUCUCUGCCCGAGCCCUUUUCCGGAGACCCCGGCCAGCUGGCGGGGUUCUUGAUGCAAAUGGACAGGUUCAUGAUCUUCCAGGCCUCGCGCUUCCCCGGGGAGGCCGAGCGAGUGGCGUUCCUCGUGUCCCGGCUGACUGGGGAGGCAGAGAAGUGGGCGAUCCCCCACAUGCAGCCCGACAGCCCCUUGCGAAACGACUAUCAGGGCUUCCUGGCCGAGUUGCGAAGAACCUACAAGUCUCCCCUGCGGCAUGCGCGGCGCGCCCAAAUCCGGAAGACUUGUGCCUCCAAUCGGGCGGUGCGCGAGCGGCAGAUGCUGUGCCGCCAGCUGGCUGCCACCGGCUCGGGGCCCUGCCCGGUGCAUCCAGCCUCCAGCGGGACCAGUCCGGCGCCGGCUCUGCCCACCCGAGCUCGGGACCUCUAAGAAUCGGCCACCAGCCGGGUCGCCUCUGCAGCCACGCAGACAGCAUCCACCCUUUGCUACGUAGAAGAAAUAUCCAUACGACAGCAUCUCCCCUGUCUGAAGACAUUCCCUCCUGCCUCUCCAGACCUGUUCCAUAAGGAGACCGUCCUUCAUCGCCCUUGGGCUCCCUGUCACCCACCUGGCUUCCCAGUCGUCUGUGCUAGCUUUGUACCUACAGUGCAUGUGUCCCUCUCCUGCUUGCAGCCCCAGCUCUCCUGGUGACCGCCACUCUGCCGCUGGGUCACGGUGACUCCACAGCCUGUUGCGGAUCACUUGGGCUGAACUCUCCCAGCCUGACUAGGUUCACGGACCUUCUUCUUCCACUCUGGCCAGGCACGCACACCCCCCCCCCCCCCCGUGGCAGCUCCCCUCUGACAAUAAGAGGGGAGCCACUUAGGCCAGGCUGGUCGCUUGUUUGGGGGACCUGGGGAGGGGAGUCUGGCUUUGCACCGUAGGUGAUCACCAGCCCUGCCAGGCCUGGAGAUAGCAGACAGGCAGGGCCUCGACCCUGCUGCUGUGGCCAGGUGUUCACUGCUGGGAGGGUAGCGUCAGCACUUCCGGCAGGAAGGCUUCGCUCUGCACGUGAACACAGUCAGUAUGUCCCGUUGUUGCCCCCGGGAAAGACCGCAAAUGCCACUCGAUGGAGAAGCCCCCAGAGGAUGCACCUCCAGGAAUGCUGAGCUUUAGUUGCCAGUGUUCUGAUAGCGCUGGGCAUCCUGGGAAUCUGGAACUUGCCUGCCGCAGGAGGUCAUUGUGACUUUGGAUCGCUGCACAGUUCCAUCGAGCCACCACAGGGAGCAAGUUCAUGUACAUCUCUGCCUGAGGCCUGCAGCGGGUUAAGGGGAAGGCACCAGUGGUUCACUCUGCACCCCUGGGCCCCCUAGUGGGAACCACCACCAGCCGGUGUGUGCCAUCCAUCACCCCCCUCCUCUUUGCCCCAUAUCACUUGGCGAUAGGCCUGUCUAGCUUGAGACCUGUUCCCAUCUCCAUUCAGGUGAUAUCUGGCUUUCACCUUAGCCCCUUCAGGCACCUACACCACCUCCGGGUCCCCAAAGCCCCGCGUAGCAUGCCCUCCCCAUGCCUGGGCUGUCCCAUCAGGUGUCCAGCCUUGGUCUAAGAAAACACAGACUCCUAGUUGGAGACCCAAAUCCUCUGGGAUGCAUCAUGAAGCACUUACAGAAGGCGUAUUUCCCCCAAUGGUCCCACUGGGCCUUGGUGGCAUUUGUAAAGGGGAAAGAGCUGCAGUCUACCUUGGUCCCAAUGUGGAGACAGGACACAACUGGCAUUUGGGUCCUAAUUCUGAGGGACAGGGCUGUACCUCUUAUGGUGGAUGGCCUUUUGGUUCCUCACAGGGGAUGCUCAGAAAUCACUUUCUAAAUGAGACUUGGCCAAGCCCUUUGGACCGCGAUGCUCUCGCCAUGUUUAAUGCCAAACGAACUGCACUUACGUGAUGGCCUGGACCACAGGGGGAAGAUGGGGUGUUUCACCCUGGGUCCAUCUACCCUGUCUGAAUAGUCCUAGCUUGACCACAGAAGGAUAACCUCUGUACCCACCUGAAGACCUGUGUCUUGGGAUACCCAGAGGUUGGGUCCUAGGGUCCUUUCUUCCUAAGAGUUUUGAUGAUGCUGGGGGAGGUGACUGCGUUCUCGAAGCGGCCACUGCCUUGCAAGGUCAAGGAUAUUCAGUGGUUGCUGGGGUUCGUGGGCCACUGCCACCCACUCAUUGUAAACUCUGUUAGCCCAAUUGCCCUGCUGAACAACUGCCUGACUACAGGCUUCAGGCCCCCCUGGAUUCCAGCCACGGCUGUUCAGGUGGGACCAUGGUGCUCAUUAAGCAUGAAUGGGGGGGGGAGGACACACAUUGGGGCCACCAUUCUGGGGGGUGGGACCUUUAAUGGGGGGUGUACAGAUCACUUUCUCUUUGCGCUCAGUGUCUACUGUCCACCUGCUGGAUGGAGGUGCCCGCAGAUGAACGGGUGCAGGCAUCGUGAAGGUUUCCACGGGCCCCGGGCGAGGGCAGGAGACCCAGCAUGGAAGUGGAGUGGGAACUGCCAUCUCGCUGACCCCUGGGCCUACCCACGCGGCACGCGGAAGUCGCAUGAUGCUUGCAUUGUGUGUGCCCAGCGUUUUAAGUUGUGCAGCUGGGUGCAGCAGGGCCUGAGCUGCGGGGGGCGGGCUGGCUUCGCUGCCUAUUGGCCCCGGCCCUCUGGACGGGGGUGUCUCGCCCGGCCCAGGCUGCUGCUCCAGCUCCCUUUGGCGUGCUGACUUGUGUUUCAGUUGUUGGUGCUUGUUUUGGGGCUCUGGGCUGCUGCUGUUGCACAUCUGUGACCUGGACCACUUCCUGCAGCUUUGGAAGUGAGUAGAUGGGAGGCUCAGGGGGUUGCCCCCCAUCCGACUCAGAAGAAGCCCCACAUGCAGGGAAUCCCCUGUGGCCCUGGUGAAGACUCCCUAGGUCCCAGUGGAAGAGGAGGAGACCCAAGCGCCAUGCAGUCCAGAGCCAGACUGCGGGUGGGGGAGGGUCAAGCUGAAGAAGGAGCUGGGGGAGGGGAGCUGCUUUGUACAGACUCUGGGUUGUAAUUUCUCUAAAUUUAAGAGAAAAGGUAUGAUUUAUAAAAAGGACAGGCAGUUAGUAGUGUUAAACAGUGCAUGUGAGGGCAAGUUUUAUGUUUUUCAUGGUGUUGACAUCAUUUGAGCUGUAUUGUGGUUUCUCCGGUCUACCUGCCCUCCCAUCUGGUAAGUAAGCCUCCUGGCGUAACAGGGCAUCAUUUGGGAUGGAAUUUAGAGUAAGGAGUGACUUCCUGGUCGAACGAACGCAUAGCGUGACCUUGGGAUUAACAUAAUGUCCUAAAGCAUUUCAGCAACUUCUAGAAAAAAGCAAAGACCUGUUUCAUGGGUCCCAGGUAAGUAUAUGAUAAGUAAGUAAUGACAGGGGUGCAUACCACCCCCCCCCCCCCCAGAAGGUGCUGGUAUGACUUUCCUGGUGCGUGGGCUCCUGCCGUCAAGCAUGACCGACCACUUGCUGGGUGACCACGGUCCUGGCGGCUUGGCCCGUAGGAGAGAGAAAUGUGAGGGACAGUUGGGCACGUACUUAGGCUACUUUAAGGGGGCGAGCCCUACGGGUGUAUAAGAGGACACGCCCGGGGGCCACGGCCAGCCUUGGAGUUUGGGUGGGAAGAGGAGGAGGAGGAGAUCCUUGCAGAAACACGAAGAUGCCCAGUGCCUGGGACGCAUUAGCUGGGGGCUUAGAGCUGCAGACGAGACAGGACUCCGCAGAAGGAAGUGCAGAGCACCUGUUGGUCAACAGCGUAGCUUGCCAGCCCAGGGAUCGGAGUGGGUGUAGGCCAGGUCUGCUGUGUGGACAGAGACCCUGUGGCGUCUCUCGGGGUCCUAACCUGGGGUGUGGUGGUGGCUGGCACAGUGCAGCCGCGGUGCAGGAGGUGGGAGGGACCCUAGCUGCAACGUCACUAACUCCUUUCCGUGGGCGAGUAACCGUGUACUGGGUCUUUUCAUUAUCAAAGCAAACCUACACCUUCUAGAAAUUUGGGAGAAUAAGAAAGUGAGAAAGUGAAAUUUGAACAUUUUGGUGGCUCUCCUGCCAGCCCCCUACCUUCCUUCCCUCCCCUCCCCCCUCCAUCCAUCAUGGUUUUUCUUCUUUUUGUUGCAACUUAGUGGUGAUACUACCUUCUGUAACGAUGCAAUAUUGUGUAGGUGUUUUCACUUGUAUCAGGGGACUUCCCCCGUCACAUGUUAUUACUAAUUUCAGUUUGACAUGGCUGUGUCCUCCACCACGUAGACGGACAGUAGUGCCCGUGGUUGAUCACCCAUGCCGUUACUAAUUUCUCACCAUCAGAAAUGGAAGAAUGUCUUCGUGCAUAACGCUUUUCCCCGAUGCCAAGUUAUUUCCUUAGGAUAGAUCCUCAGAGGUGGGAUUAUUGAAUUAAUAUGAACACCUCUGAUCCUCUUGUUACAUACUGACGGAUUGGUUUCCAGCGAUGUUUGUAUCCAUCGACACUGCCGCCAGCCAGGAUGUACGGCACUGUACCAUCUCGCCAGCUCUGAGUAUUAUCCUCUGGCUAAAUAUUUGCUGAUCUGAAACAAUAAUGAAAUAGUGAUACAUAUGAAACAUAGCAUUGUGUUUCGGUUUGCAUUUCUUUGCUUUCUAGCAAAGUUGAACAUCUUUCCAUGUUAAGCAGUUGUAUUUUCUCUUUUGUGGAUCGUCCGUGUCAUUUGCUCUUAUCUACUGGGGUCUGAUAAAUUUGUAUGAGCUUGUUAUAUAUUAAAGAUAUUAACCUGUUGUGUGUCAUA